AUAGGUUUAGUUUUUUAGAAAACUGACUGAAAAUGGAGUGUAUCCCAGUGGUUAUGUUAAUAUUCGGGAUGUUGCCUGCGUUCUUAACACAAAUCCAGGGUCUGGACCUGGAGUGUGGAAAACUGCGGGAGGCCCAGCUCUACAAUAUGAAACAAAUCACAGAACCUGACGAGUACCCGUGGGUUGGACGUGUGGGCUUUGGAAAUUCCAGUGAUCCGAACCCUGAUUUGAAGUGCUCGGCGGUGCUGAUUCACAAACGCUAUGCUCUUCUUUCCGCAAGAUGCGUGCUCACACCUUAUGGCUUUGGAGACGCCACGUUUAUCCUGUUUGGGGAUUGGCAGGCCACCGAAAAUAUCCGGAAGGAAGACUGUCGCCGGGAGGGGAACAACCUCAAGUGCUCUCCGCCUCCGCAGGCAGUGAAUAUCGAGGAGCUGGUGGUUCACCCAAUGUAUGACAGCAAAAACUUUGACUAUGAAAUCGCAUUGGCCAAGUUGGUGGGGAAUGUUCAGUUCUCGGACUUUGUCCAGCCCAUUUGCCUGCCACCUGUCCGAGAGGUCGAGGGGAAUCACAUCGCCCAGCGCCUGGAGAUGACGGGAUUCAGGGGAGAAACCUUUAACAAGGUCGAACCGCUGGCUGACGAGUACCGCUUUCGGACGAAACUGGUGGUGCAGACGGCCAGUUCGGAGUUUUGCGCCUGGAAUUGGCAACAAGUCGGGCUGACGUUUAAUUCCGAGAACCAAUUGUGCGCAAUGGUGGACGUGAGGGACUCUGCUCUGACAGGCGGUACACUGAUGGGCAUCGAAUUUGAGGGCGAAAAGCCCAGGAAUUUCUACGUCAUUGGAAUAGCCAGCAUUACGGUUAAGACUGCCUCAAAACCGCCGGUUAUUAUACAUAAAUUUAUGCGUAUCGCGCCAUUUAGGGAUUGGAUUUUAAAAAACAUGAUAUAGGGUUUAUUUUACAUUUCAAUUCAAUAAAUAAUUUUAGUUAUUGAGCUUGAAAAACCAGGUAGUAAUCUUACCGGAUCCGUUGAGUGCCGCCGUAUACAGAUGACAUUAACGUAGAUGGACGA